CACGAAAUGAUCCAUGCGUUCCUUUUUGUCACUAAGCGAAAUCGCGACAGAGAUGGCCAUGGACCAGACUUUCAGUAUCAUAUGUGCAGAAUCAAUCGAAUGGCAAACACAAAGAUCACAAUCUAUCAUUCGUUCCAUGAUGAAGUCAAUCUAUAUAAACAGCAUGUCUGGAGGUGUGAUGGUCCAUGCCGUAAUCGGAAGCCCUUUUACGGUUAUGUUAAGCGAUCAUCGAAUCGGGCUCCUGGUCCCAAUGAUUUAUGGUGGAGUGCGCAUAAGUCAAGUUGCAAUGGUACUUUCCAAAAGAUCCAGGAACCCGAGGGCUACGGACAGAAGAAGAGGAAAGCGACUAAUAACGAAAACGCCGUUCCUGAAAAGAAGAUCUCUCCCAAUAAUUCACUGGACAAAUACUUUACCGGGAAGGGUCAUGUCUUAGUCAAGAAGAUACCUAGUCUCAAAAAGAAUAUCUCGCCUAAUUCACUGGAUCGGUAUUUUAAAAGCACAGCUGUUGGAGGACUACUAAAGACUUCUAGUCAAGUAGCUGGUGCUUUGAAGGAAUCCAAGUCUUCACCAGAUAGCAGCAAGGCAAAAGAUGUAGAGAAGAAAUCUGCUCAACCUUUACCGAGAAAAUCAAUUUCUGAACCUCCCACGAUCGAAAUAGUUGGCUUUGAAAUGGUGGCAGGUCCCAGCUGGCUGUUACCAAGCACAUCUGCCUCUCAAGGAUUAGGUAGUGCGGAUUGCCCUAUAGAGAUAUCUGAGGACUCAGAGCAGGUUCGAUCCGACUCAGUUUUCGAACCAAUUGAAGACGAUCAGGUGAAUUUAAGUAAGCAUGUUUAUUGUCCUUCUUGCGGUGAUCGGGUUAUUGAGGCAUUUAUUAAUGAGCAUCUGGAUUUUUGUAUUGCCGCACAAUAG